AUGACCUUGGAGGCCUUUUCCAACCAUUAUGAUCUCCUGAGGUUGCUGCUCUGGCCGGCAGAUGUGGUUCUACUCGUUACCUGCUCAGUGAGGGAGAAGGCCGAGCAGGCCAUCUGGAAUCGCCUGCAGCACCUCAAGGCUCUGAAAGCCAAGCGGCUCCAGGCUCGCCUCCCUCUGCACAUCGGGAUCCUAGGGUGCAUGGCUGAGAGGCUGAAGGAGAAGAUUCUGCACAAGGAGAAGCUAGUGGAUAUUGUGGCAGGCCCCGAUGCAUACCGUGACCUUCCCAGGCUGCUGGCAGUGGCCGAAUCUGGCCAGCAGGCCGCCAACGUCCUGCUGUCACUGGAGGAGACUUAUGCGGAUAUUUUGCCUGUCCAGACUAGUGCAAGUGGUGCAACAGCGUUUGUAUCCAUCAUGCGGGGCUGCGACAACAUGUGCAGCUACUGCAUCGUGCCCUUCACCCGUGGCCGGGAAAGGAGCCGGCCCAUUGCCUCCAUCCUGCAGGAGGUGAAGAUGCUCUCGGAUCAGGGGGUGAGAGAAGUGACUCUCUUGGGUCAAAACGUCAACAGCUUUCGAGACAUGUCUGAGGUCCAGUUCCAGUCGGCUGCUCCCCCAGUCCUCAGCCGUGGCUUCAGCACAGUCUACAAACCCAAACCAGGAGGCUUGCGCUUUGCACAUCUCCUGGACCAGGUCUCCAGGAUUGACCCAGAAAUGAGGAUCCGUUUCACCUCUCCACACCCCAAGGAUUUUCCUGAUGAGGUUCUCCAGCUUAUCCAGGAGCGACACAACAUCUGCAAACAGCUUCACCUCCCAGCCCAGAGCGGAAGCUCACGAGUUCUGGAGGCAAUGAGACGGGGGUACACAAGAGAAGCGUAUUUGGAGCUGGUGCAGCACGUGCGUGACUCCAUUCCAGGAGUGAGCUUGAGCAGCGAUUUUAUUGCUGGGUUCUGCGGGGAGAGGGAAGAGGAUCAUCAGCAGACUGUGUCCUUGCUCCGGGAAGUCCGCUACAACGUAGGCUUCCUGUUUGCUUACAGCAUGAGAGAGAAAACCCGGGCGUAUCACCGGCUGCAGGACGAUGUGCCCGUGGAUGUGAAACGGAGGCGCCUGGAGGAGCUCAUUGCUGUGUUCAGAGAGGAGGCUGCGAGGGCCAACGGAGCCGUCGUGGGCCACUCACAAGUGGUGCUGGUGGAGGGGCCCAGCAAGCGCUCUCCCUCGGAGCUGUGUGGCAGGAACGAUGGCAACAUCAAGGUGAUUUUCCCUGACGCCGAAGUAGAGGACGCAGAAGGCAAAGCUCUGCGCAGGGCCCAGCCAGGAGACUACGUGUUGGUGAAGGUAACCUCUGCCAGCUCGCAGACCUUGAAGGGAGUCCUCCUUUGCCAUACUACCCUCUCCCGCUCCGCGACGUGUUGAUGCAUCCCUGCAGACGAGGGGCAAAA